AUGCAAAACUCCACGGACGAUCCAUCUAUAACUGCCCCUCAGGAUAGGAGCACUCCGUUGGUUGAAGAAAGCCAUGAUCAUGCCCAACAGCCUUCCCCUCCGCCCUCAUCGGGCCGAGUUCCAGAUGCCCUGACAGCGCAAAUGAGUUCGAUGGUGUCCAAGAUGGUCUCCCUGACCGACGACCACAACGAGGAAACCGUCUUUGCCGCCGAGAUCCACAUGGGCCUCAGCCCAGCGGCGCCGUUGGGGCUGCGGCCCGGUAUCUUGCUGCAUGACGGCCCGAGCAAAGAAAAUCGACUUCUCGGGGCCGCCGCGUGGCGCACACCGUUUAGUCCUAAUUCCCUCGCUUUUAGCAUUAGAAGUGCUCUCCUCCUUCCUCCAUUCGUGCCUGGAGGGAGCUCUCCGGGUUUCAUCGAAGAGAUUAUGACUGUGAGGCACCGUUCACCAUACGGUGCAACCCGGGGGCUGUCUUGUACUGCCACUAGUGUGGCGGUGCCAUACCAGUGUCAGGUUAGGCCUGACAAUGACUUUGGAUUCUACUUUUCGACCGGCCUUGGUCGCAACGGCGAUGUCACACGCGAGAAUUUCUGUUGGAGAAAGGUCGAAAAACAUGGUGCGGAUGAUAUCGGCAGCGGAGGAUUCGAUCUCGUACAGUUACCGGCGGCUGCCGGGCAGGCCUCGGUCUCGGACGGCGAGCGACUUGCCACCCUUCGAUGGCUCAAGAAAUUUACAAGACGCUUUUCGCUAAAGUUUUCCCACGUGGGCGGCUCUGAUAUGGGCGUGUAUGAUGAUCGAUGGAGGCUCGUCGUGGUGAUUACUGCGCUUCGGUUAUGGCACCUGCACGUAAACGGAAGAACCAGCAAGACCAUGAUUUCCAUUGGCGGAAUGCUUCGGGGCAAGCUGUAA